AUGUCUGUUACUCAAAUCUCACCCGCGGCGGGCGCGCCGAAACCGCUCGAGAAAAAGCCCAUCAAGUUUAGCAAUCUGCUACUUGGUGCUGGUUUGAAUAUGUUCGAGGUUACCACGUUGGGACAGCCUCUGGAAGUGAUCAAGACGACCAUGGCCGCCAACAGAAGCGAUUCUUUCGCCGGUGCUAUGCGUCGGAUUUGGGGUCGUGGCGGUGUACUUGGCUACUACCAAGGCCUCAUUCCAUGGGCCUGGAUUGAGGCGUCUACUAAAGGCGCAGUCCUCCUCUUCGUCGCAUCCGAAGCCGAAUUCUACGCCAAAUCAUUCGGAGCCAACGACUUCGUCGGCGGCAUCAGCGGCGGCAUGGCUGGCGGUAUCGCCCAGGCCUACGCCACCAUGGGCUUUUGCACAUGCAUGAAAACGGUCGAGAUCACCAAACACAAGCUGGCGGCGUCGGGCGUGAAGCCUCCCGGCACCUUUGCGACGUUCAUGGACAUUUACCGCAAGGAGGGGAUCAGGGGCAUUAACAAGGGGGUUAAUGCGGUGGCGAUUCGACAGACGACGAAUUGGGGCUCGCGGUUUGGGUUAUCGAGGUUGGCGGAGACGACGAUCAGGAGGGUUACUGGAAAAGAGGAGAGUGACAAGCUCAGUGGGGUUGAGAAGGUGAUUGCGUCGGGGCUUGGUGGCGGAUUGUCGGCGUGGAAUCAGCCGAUCGAGGUUAUUCGGGUGGAGAUGCAGAGUAAGAAAGAUGAUCCCAACCGGCCCAAAAAUUUGACGGUGGGGAAGACUUUGAAGUAUAUCUAUGGCACCAAUGGGCUGAAGGGACUGUAUCGUGGCGUUACGCCGCGGAUUGGGUUAGGCAUUUGGCAGACUAUUUGCAUGGUUGCCUUGGGUGAUAUGGCCAAGGAGACCGUCGAGAAACUGACUGGUGAACAGGUCACCGCUAAACACUAG